GUUGUAUGGUUGGGCCCUGGAAAUGGGAUGUCAGUCCCGCUCAGGGAGCAUAAAGGAAGAAGGAAGGUUUCCCAGUUGCUGCCGCUGUGACAGCGAGUGAGAGCCAGCGCAGGAAGAUGUCUGUGGUCACGGCCGCGGUCCCGGCUCCGCAGGGCCCCGUCAACCCGCCGCCUCCGGAGGUCACUAAUCCCAACAAGCCCGGCAGGAAGACCAACCAACUGCAAUAUAUGCAGAACGUGGUGGUAAAGACCUUGUGGAAGCAUCAGUUUGCUUGGCCUUUCUACCAACCUGUUGAUGCAAUUAAAUUGAAUUUGCCGGAUUAUCACAAAAUCAUAAAAAACCCCAUGGACAUGGGGACGAUCAAGAAGCGCCUGGAACACAACUACUACUGGAGUGCCAGUGAAUGUAUGCAGGAUUUCAACACCAUGUUUACAAACUGUUACAUUUACAACAAGCCCACAGAUGACAUCGUCCUCAUGGCCCAAGCCCUGGAGAAGAUCUUCCUGCAGAAAGUUGCCCAGAUGCCUCAGGAGGAGGUUGAGUUGUUACCCCCGGUCCCUAAAGGCAAAGGUCGCAAGCCGUCAGCGGGCACACAGGGUGCAGGAGCGCCGCAAGCCCUGGCCGUGUCCUCCGUGUCCCCCCCAGCCGUGUCUCAGACGCCCGUCAUUGCUGCCACCCCCGUGCCAACCAUCACCGCUAAUGUCCCGCCCGUCACUGCCCCUCCCGCCGCUGCCCCCCCUCCGCCUGCUGCUCCGAUAAUGCCCGUGGUGCCCCCGACGCCACCGGUGGUCAAGAAGAAGGGUGUGAAGCGGAAAGCAGACACGACCACCCCCACCACCUCGGCCAUCACCGCCAGCCGGAGCGAGUCGCCCACAGCCCUCGCGGACCCCAAGCAGGCCAAAAUCAUCGCGCGCCGGGAGAGCGGCGGCCGGCCCAUCAAACCACCAAAGAAGGACCUUGAGGAUGGGGAGGUGCCCCAGCACGCCGGGAAGAAGGGCAAACUCUCCGAGCACCUCAAGUACUGUGACAGCAUUCUCAAGGAGAUGCUCUCGAAGAAGCACGCAGCCUACGCAUGGCCCUUUUACAAGCCUGUCGAUGCGGAGGCCUUGGAAUUACAUGACUAUCAUGAUAUUAUCAAACACCCCAUGGAUCUCAGUACUGUUAAAAAAAAAAUGGACAGUCGGGAAUACCAGGAUGCACAGGGGUUUGCAGCAGACAUUCGGUUAAUGUUCUCUAAUUGUUACAAGUACAAUCCUCCAGACCACGAGGUGGUAGCGAUGGCCAGGAAGCUCCAGGACGUCUUUGAGAUGAGGUUUGCAAAGAUGCCCGAUGAGCCUGCAGAGGCCCCACCUCCCCCUCCCCCGGCAGCAGCAGUGGUGAGCAAAAGCACAGAGAGCAGCCACAGCAGCGAGGAGAGCAUUUCCGCCUCGGAACAGAAAGGGUAUGUGGAGGCAUCAGUUACCUUGCUGUGAAGUCUGAUUGCCUUUGUCACUGCUCUCCCCCAGCUGAAGGCUGUCCAUGAGCAGCUGGCUGCAUUGUCACAGGCACCAGUGAACAAACCAAAGAAAAAGAAAGAGAAAAAAGAGAAAGAGAAGAAAAAGAAAGAUAAAGAGAAGGAAAAAGAAAAGCACAAAAUAAAAGCUGAGGAGGAGAAGAAACCCAAGGUGGCUCAGCCAGCAAAACAAGCCCCACAGAAGAAGGCCCCAGCUAAGAAAGCGAAUAGCACAACCACGGCUGGCAGGCAGCCCAAGAAAGGAGGCAAACAGGCAUCUGCAACCUACGAUUCAGACGAGGAGGAGGAAGGUCUGCCCAUGACCUAUGAUGAGAAACGACAGCUCAGCUUGGACAUCAACCGCCUGCCUGGGGAGAAGCUGGGCAGAGUGGUGCACAUCAUCCAGUCCCGGGAACCUUCCCUCAGAGACUCCAAUCCCGAUGAGAUAGAAAUAGAUUUUGAGACAUUGAAGCCCACGACUUUACGAGAACUGGAGCGAUACGUGAAGUCUUGUUUACAGAAAAAACAGAGGAAACCAUUUUCUGCAGGUGGGAAAAAGCAAGCAGCGAAGUCAAAAGAAGAAUUAGCUCAGGAAAAGAAGAAAGAACUAGAAAAACGGUUACAGGACGUCAGUGGGCAGCUAAACAACAACAAGAAACCUGCAAAGAAAGAGAAAUCCGGCUCGGCUCCCUCGGGAGGCCCUUCCCGGCUCAGCAGCAGCAGCUCCUCCGAGUCUGGGAGCAGCAGCUCCAGUGGCUCCAGCUCAGACAGCAGCGAUUCGGAAUGA